AUGCAUUUCCUUCAAAAGGCCAUCGUGAUUACUUGCCUUGCAACAUCUGUCCUCUCACUCCCGAAUAGUUUGGGUCAAAAGAAAAUCGAACAUAUUGUUCUCCUUUCUUUUGACGGUUUGCAUCAAUCGGAUGUCGACGCAUACGUUAAAGCCAACCCAAGUUCUGCUAUUGCCACCCUUCUCAAAACAUCAGUGGAAUUUGACAAUGCCCAAACUUCGAAACCAAGUGAUUCAUUCCCCGGUUUAAUAGCACAGGUGACAGGCGGUUCUCCGAAAACUACUGGCAUUUUCUAUGACGUCUCCUACGAUAGAACCUUCUUUGAUCCUGGCUCCAAUUGCACAGGCACACCAGGUGCCGUAACUGCUUACGACGAGACCAUUGAUUUUAAUUCCACCGCUCCCGUCACCUCGAUAAAUCCGGCUAACCUUCCGAAAACACUCAAGAAUGGACAAUGUGUAGGAGUCACCCCACAUGAAUUCCUUAAAGUCAACACAAUUUUCGAAGUUGCCAAAAAGCACGGUUUCUUUACCGCUUGGACAGACAAACAUCCAGCCUAUGACAUAAUUAAUGGCCCUUCUGGAAAAGGUGUCGACGACUUGUACACUCCGGAAAUUAACGGAAUCAAUACCGUAGAACCCGACAUACAAGUUUAUGACACACUUCAUCUUAACGCUAUUCUCAAUUGGUUAAAAGGUGUGAGUAGCGCUGGAAAAAGCAUUCCCGUUCCUGGCAUUCUUGGUGGAAAUUUCCAAGUUAUUAGUGUCUCACAGAAAGAUUCGGCCGGUGGAUAUCUGGAUGCUGUGGGCCAACAACCAUCCGAUGAAUUGAAAAAAGGCCUAGACUUUUGUUUGAACUACACCGUGGGCCAGAUUGCAGAUACUCUUGAACAACAAAACCUCACAGAAAAGACUCUCUUCAUCAUUUCCGCGAAACACGGCCAAUCUCCAAUCAACAAGGCCCUCUUGAAUAAAAUACCAUCGGCCAAUUUGACUUCUGCUAUCGGCGUUCCUAUUGGCGGACUCACAGCUGAUGACGUUGCAUUAAUUUGGUUGAAGGACCAAUCGAAUGUUGACACAGCCGUUGCCAACAUCCAAAAGAAUUCAGAUGCGCUAGGUGUCCUUAAAAUCUUCUCUGGUGCUGAACUCGCAAAUGAAUUCGGUGAUCCCACAAAAAAUAGUAGAACUCCUGACAUUAUUAUUCAAACCAAACCGGGUGUCAUUUACACAACUGGGUCCAAGAUUGCCGAACAUGGCGGUUUCAACGAAGACGAUGUUCACGUUCCGAUCAUAGUUUCAAACCCCUACCUUAAGGCCCAAGUCAUCAGUAAGCAUGUAACAACUGCGCAAAUUGCUCCUACAAUCCUCGAAGUACUCGGUAUUAAUCCAAGUGAACUUGAGGCUGUAAAGGCGGAAAAUGUUGCGCCCCUUGACGGUUGUGUCCCAUAA